UUACAGUACUACAACAUCUCCAAAGUUGGGCAACUAAACAAAGCCUAACAACCGCUGCUAGCUGCACCUCUCCCUGUCUCAUCAUCUAUAAAUAAAUAGAAAUCCAAAACCUAAUCCUCGAACAGAAGUCUAAACCGACGACGAAUAAAGGAGAGAUAAUCUGUACGCCUGUCAAGCAAGCCUCCAGAAGAGCCGCAAACGGAGACAAAAGAGGCACCUUGUGGCGUGACCAUGAAGCCACGCCCGCCGGCGGGUGCGUCGGCGUCUGCUUACGCCGCGCCGGCCAGGCUCCGCCCGCACCUCGCGCGGCUCGCCUCCUUCCUCGUCGUCUUCGCCGUCGGCUACUCCCUCGGCCUCCUCUCCUCGUCCACCCGCCCGUCGCCGAGGCCAUCCCAGACGACGAUCGUGCGCCCGCACGCCGCGCACCUCACCGACGCCUCAACCACCGACCCGGCGCCGAACGCCACGGCCGCGGCGACGGAGAGCUACCCGCGGUCGCCGCCGCACGACCUGUUCCGGUUCAGGGAGGAGUGCGGGGAGCCGGUGCCGAGCGAGGCCGUCGUGCCGACGCUGCUGGAGAAGCUGUUCGACGGCGAGAGCCCCUACGCGGGGUUCCCGGCGCCGCACACCGCGGCGCUGCUGCACCCGGCGAGGGCGCGCCCGCGCGGGUGGGGCUCGACGGGCGCCGUGUUCGCGGAGCUCAUCGAGGCGGUGCGCCCCGAGGUGAUCGUGGAGCUGGGCGCGUUCCUGGGCGCGUCGGCGCUGCACAUGGCGGCCGUGUCGCGGAACCUCUCGCUGUCCCCGGCGAUCCUCUGCGUCGACGACUUCCGCGGGUGGCCGGCGUUCCGCGACCGGUUCCGGCGCGACGUCCCGCCGCCGCGGCACGGGGACGCGCUGCUGCUGCCGCAGUUCAUGGCCAACGUGGCCGCGGCGGGCGCCGACGCCGCGGCGCGGGUGCUGCCGCUGCCCUUCUCCACGGCGUCCGCGCUGGCGGCGCUGUGCGGGUGGGGCGUGUACGCGGACCUCAUCGAGGUGGACGCCGGCCACGACUUCCACUCGGCGUGGGCCGACAUCAACCUGGCCUGGGCCGUGCUCCGUCCCGGCGGCGUCAUGUUCGGCCACGACUACUUCACCUCCGCCGACGACCGCGGCGUGCGACGCGCCGUGACGCUCUUCGCCAAGGUCAAGGGGCUCACCAUCCGGCCCCACGGCCAGCACUGGGUGCUCUCCCCGAAGCCGCGCGAGCACGGCAGCAACGCCCGGUGACGGUGACUCACGCACGCACACACCAGCACCUCGAUCAAAAGCCGACGAUCGAAAAAGGAUGCGUUGCCACUAUUCUCCGAAGUGUUCCUCUCAACCACCAUCAAUUUUCUUCCCGCCUUAUUCUUCUCUAAUUACACGGGAGAUUGAUCCCAAAGCUAAGAAUGCAUUUGUUCUUCUCUCAUUCGAGCAGCACUGGACAAUGAAGGGACAUUUAUGUGUAGAUAUGAACACACGAGAACACGACCAUGGGGGUGUUUGGAUCC